GCCCGGGUGAGCGUAGCGCCCGUCCCAGGAGCUGGAGGCUAUGGCCACUGGGCGGCUCCGCGCAGGCCUCGCGCAGACGCAGUGCAUUAGUGGGGCGGCCCCGAGGCCGUGGGUUGUGGUUCCGGUUCCGUUGCCAAGACACGUGAAGGUCGGCGAAUUGGGGCUGAAUCCGUGUAGGCUAGCGCGGUUCAGCUGGGAUGGAUUCCUCCUCCUUGUCUUCUGCGGCGGGUUUGGGCACAGUGGACCCACAAUUGCAGCAUUUCAUCGAGGUAGAGACUCAGAAGCAGCGAUUCCAGCAGCUGGUGCAUCAGAUGACUGAACUUUGUUGGGAAAAGUGCAUGGACAAGCCUGGGCCAAAGUUGGACAGUCGGGCCGAGGCCUGUUUUGUGAACUGUGUUGAGCGCUUCAUCGAUACAAGCCAGUUCAUCUUGAAUCGACUGGAACAGACCCAGAAAUCCAAGCCAGUCUUCUCAGAAAGUCUUUCUGACUGAUUUCAGCAUGACUUCUUUGGAAAAGGAAGAAGGUGAAAGACCUACAAUGAAAAUUACAGAACACUGAAUAAAAAAGUUGAAGACACUAGAAGAUGGAAAGACCUCCCAUGUUUAUGGAUAAACAGAAUUAAUACCAUUUUAAAUGGCCACAAUUACCAAAAGUGAUCUACAGAUUCAGUGUAGCCCUUGUAAAAAUUCCAAUGACAUUCUUCACAGAACUACAAACAGCAAUGCUAAAAUUCAUAUAGAAACAAAAGGCCUAGAAUAGGCCAAGCAAUUCAAAGCAAAAAUAGCAGUGUUGGAAGUAGCACAAUACUCUAUUUCAUAUCAUACAAAGCCAUAGUAAAAACUGGCACUGUACCUGGCACAAAAGUAGACAUAUAGAACAGUGGAAUAGAAUAGAGGACGCAGACCUCACAAUUACAAGCAUCUGAUUCUGGCCAAAGGAGACAGAAAGACACGUUGGAGAAAAAGUAGCCUCUUCAAUGAGUGGUGUUGGAAAGACUGGAUAUCACAUGUGUAAGAUUGAAAUGAUCUCUUCUCUAAAAAAAUCAGUUGAAAAUGGAUCAAAGAACUAAGUAUGAGAUCUAAAACUUUUCAACUGCUAGAAGAAAACGUAGGGAAAAACACUUGAAGCCUUAGGCACAAGGAGAUACUUUCUAAAUCAGACUAAUAUUGAAGGGGAAAUUAAAAUUCUAAGUAAAAUCUCACCAACUAAGCCUACCAAGAGUACCCACCAAAAACCAAGUGGACAUGUCUGGACAAAUCUGAUAACAUUGCUUCCUUUGUGUAACCCAUGUUUGUUUAACUGAUGGCCUUGUAUUAUAUGUUUAAACUUCCUUGACAACCCAUGAUGUCACCUAACACUCCAAUCAUAACGCACUUUGUACCUUCUGCUUGCUUUCCCCAGAAAAGCCCCCAAACCCUGCUGAGUGGGGCUCUGACUCUGGGAGAGAUCCCAGUCAGGCCCACUGGUGUAAUAAACUGCUCCUAAAAGUU